AUGGGCAAUCCACAUGUUCUGGUUGUGCCAUAUCCAGCACAAGGCCAUAUAAUUCCUCUGCUGGAGCUAUCACAGUGCUUAGUCCAGCAUGGCUUCAAGAUAACAUUUGUAAAUACAGAGUUUUAUCACAACCAAAUCAUGAAUGGAAAUGCAAUGAAGGAUAAAACAGGGAAUCAAAUCCAUCUGGUUUCCAUUUCUGAUGGGUUAGAGACCUUGGAGGACAGAAAAAAGCCAGGGAAGUUGUCAGAGGCAGUCUUGAAGGUUUUGCCUGAGAAGCUAGAAGAGCUCAUCGAGCAGAUUAAUGGGUCCAAUGGUGAAGAGAUCACUUGUAUCCUCGCUGAUCAGAGUAUUGGAUGGGCCCUAGAAAUUGCACAGAAGAAGGGAAUCCGACGAGCUGCCUUCUGCCCUGCAGCAGCAGCACUGUUGGUCUUAGGAUUUAGCAUCCCAAAGUUGAUUGAAGAUGGAAUUAUUGCUGAUGAUGGAACUCCAAUGAAAAAACAGAUCAUUCAUCUCUCACCAGCAAUGCCUGCCAUGAGCACAGAAACCUUGGUUUGGACCUGCGUUGGCAACUUGACCAUGCAGAAAAAUAUUUUCGAGCUUUUGGUAAGAAACAACAAGUCUGUGAAAGCGACUGAGUGGCUGCUAUGUAACUCAACUUAUGACCUUGAGCCUGCAGCAUUUGCCUUGGCUCCAAAUAUUCUACCUAUAGGUCCACUUUUGGCAAGCAACCAGCCAGGAGAGUCAUCAUCAGUAGGAAAAUUCUUGCCAGAGGACUCAACUUGUUUGAAAUGGCUGGAUCAACAGCCACCAGGCUCAGUGAUAUAUGUUGCAUUCGGAAGUUUCACAAUUUUUGCCCCAACCCAGUUCCAAGAAUUGGCCUUGGGGCUGGAACUCUGCAACAGACCAUUCUUGUGGGUAGUGCGGCCAGCUGACAUCACAGAUGGGAAAAGCAAUGGCUACCCAAGAGAAUUUCAUGACAGAGUAGCCGCUAGUGGGCGGAUGGUGGGAUGGGCGGCGCAGCAGAAGAUUCUGAGCCAUCCGUCAGUUGCUUGCUUCAUAAGCCACUGUGGUUGGAACUCCACCAUGGAAGGUGUAAGCAGCGGGAUCCCAUUCUUGUGCUGGCCUUAUUUUGCCGACCAGUUCCUAAACCAGAGCUAUAUCUGUGAUGUUUGGGAGGUUGGGUUGCGUUUAGAACGAGAUGAAAGUGGCGUCAUAUCACGAGGAGAAAUUGAAAGUAAGGUGGAGCAAAUUCUGAGCAAUGAAAAAUUGAAAGAAAGGGCUUUGGAUCUCAAGAAUAUAGUCAAGACUAGUAUCAAAGAAGGCGGUGGCUCUCACAAUAAUUUGAAGAAUUUCGUUGAAUGGAUGAAAGCAUAG